UUACGAGAUCGGGGCACGUAUCGGGUCUACUUCCGUCGGCAAAGCAGUCGAUGGAGAAAUCAUGAGUAUACCGACUUCCGCCACGGCCACGGAGAGGCACCCGCCCCCCGAGCUGCCUGCUGUCGCUGUCGCUCCCCUCCGAAAUCCGACCGGAGGAGAGUCGGCGCGGAAGCGCCAGAAGAUCUCGCAUGCUUGUGAGCUGUGUCGGGAGAGGAAGACUCGCUGCGAUGGGCGACGGCCGAUAUGCGUUGCUUGCGAGAAGCGUGGCGACGCGCAGCAUUGCUAUUUCGUUGCGUUUCGCCGGCGAAGGUUGAAUUCCACGGCUGUGGAUCCGCGAGGACCUCGGAGCAAUGAUGAUGUACCCCAGACGCCAGGCGAACAGGCUCCAUCUCUGCGUGACUCUACCGUCGUACACUCCGCGCCAACAAACACCGCCACCCCGCCCUGGUCGGAGGCGCAAAGCGAUGGCUUGGCCACCUUGGCCGGGAGCCGUGACGCUGCUCUGUACGGACCCUCGUCCACCGUGGCCUUUCUCCGCCACGUCAUUCACAAUGGCAGCCGCUCACAGCCCUGUACGCCUUCGCAACGGCCCAGCCUGUCGCAGGGGAACGGUGAUGAUGGCGCCCGCGUGGAUGAUAUGUACGCAGAGCUGGACAGCGUGCCAGUCCUGCCUGCUCGCAGACAUGCCAACGACUUUGUACGUUGCUACUGGGAGUUCAUCCAUCCUACGUUUCCGAUCCUACACCGGCCAACCUUCAUGAAAGACUUUGAACUCUGCUUUCACGACUCUGUCAACUCUCCGAUGGACGACCCGAUUUUCAAUGCGACAUUGAAUCUGGUCUGCGCCCUUGGGAGCAAAUUCAGUGAGCUGGUUCCUCCACAGCAACGGAAUGCAGUGGCGGAUGACUUUUAUCAGAAGUCGCGCAAGGCUGAUCGAAUGAGUGUGUUGGAUUCCACUUCCGAGUCGAUGGUGCAACUGCUGUUGCUAUCUGGUGUUUAUCUUCAAUCUACCCAGCAUGCCAAUCGUUGUUGGAAUGUAGUUGGCCUUGCAAUAAGACUCGCUCAAAGCAUAGGUCUGCAUCGAGAGCAGGCGGGAGCGAGAGCUGAGUCUCAGCUUGUACGGGAGAUGCGGCGUCGGAUUUGGCAUGUUUGUGUCUCUCUAGAUCGCCUGCUUGCUAUGACGUUUGGCCGCCCUCCAAUGGUAAGCAAUAACUCGCGCGUGCCACUUCCGGCAGUGGUCGACGACGAAUAUCUCCAAGAUCAAGGAGAGGGUCACCAGCCAGCGGACGAACCGUCACAACUCGGAAUGUUCGUGUCCUCUUGCCAGCUCUUCGAAUUGCUCCAAGAAGUGCUUCGCCUACUGCUCGAGAACGACACUCCGAUGACUUCAGAGACACACAACCGCAAUCACGGCCUUUUGAUGUCCAUACUCGACCUUAACAAUCGACUGGAUCAGUUCUCUACCCGCAUACCCUUGUAUCUACAAUUCAGCGAGGACACUUCUCCAGGCCCGUCGGUUGUGGAUGGCCAUGUUCAAUUGCAGCGCCGGGUCUUACAGUGCCGUUUCCUACUCACUCGAUUGCUUCUCCUCCGGCCCCUCCUACUGUCGGUGUCCAAAUACCCCGCGCCUUCGAGCGAGCAGAGAGAUGGCAAUGCCGAGCAACCUACUCUACACAGCGAUGUGGUGCGAGCGUGCUGUAACCUGUGCCUGCGGACUGCCUUUCGAUUGAUCAAUGUGGUGUACACUAAUAUUGGAACACUCUACCGAAGCUCCGGUUGGCACGCAGUAUACUUCACUUUCUCGGCGGCAAUCGUUCUGCUCGCCUCGCUGAAAUGUGGGCUCGCGGACUCUGGCGUUGACGAGAGUGAAUUCGAAGAGUGCUGGAAACGCUGCAUCGCCAUCCUCGACCACUAUGAUAGCCAAAUCCAGUCUGCAUCUCAGGCCAUUCUGGUGUUGGGGGCUUUGCGGGAGCAGAUCGAGAAGCACAAGGCGCCGACAAAUAACGGUGAUGUUCGUCCAAUUUUAGAUGGCAAUGACGGCGCGAGAGGCAUGAUGGAUCCCGCUGCACCGUCUCUGAUGCAUCAGGCCACCAACAACGUUACAGAGCAGCCAACGGACGUCCCUCCGUUGGAACACCACAUUUCCCUACUCUCCGAAGCAAGCGAUCCAUUCGACUUCAACAGCCUCAACGACGCCUGGUUCGGACAGCACUUAAUGAAUCUGGACUGGCUCGAGGGCUCGCAAACAUGGGACUACGGCGAAAACAUGCCUUUCAUUGCUUCCUAAUGGUUACCGUUGAUCAAAGCCGGGGCCGACGCCGUCUCUCCUCCCUUCGACGAAGCAGCGCCACCCAUGUGAAUGUCGUAGCGCAACUCAAGCUUCGCUUUGGCGUCAUCUUUCCGCGGCACGAACUCGACGACCAGCGAGUCCUUGACGGCGAAGACUGAGUCGUUCGUCAGGUAGUCGCUACCCUUGUCGAAGAUUUGCGUCGUGAUGGGCUUGUAGCCGUCUUUCAGGACCUGUAACAACUCGUCAAUAUCUCUGAGAAGUGGCAUGAGGCACGGUGAGCGGACUUACGAUCAGAUGAAUGUGCGCCGGUCGGUAUGGAUGGCGGUCCAUGAGCUUCAAAAGCUUGCCAGCUGGGCCGUCAAAGGGAACGGGAUAAGGCGUAGGUCGAAUGGUGUAGAAAGCGUAGUUGCCGUCGGCGUCCGUCUUGAACUUUCCGCGAAGAUUGUGCUGCGCCUGAUCCUUGUCCUGCUGCUGGUAAAGACC